AUUUCUCAGCUAGGCGAAAAAACGAUCAUUGACACGAAGUACCAUGUUACCUUAAAAAUAUAACGAUACGUGUCGCAUUCCGUCGCUCGCCUUACAUUUCUAUCGUUUGGAUAUCGAAGCGUGUUUAUAGGUACGGGGUGGGUUGAGAGCUCCGGUCAGUCAGAGAUAAAAAACCUGUUUCAACUUGCUACGGACGAGCGAGGAAGGGAGAGGCAUGCAUUCGGACGGCGGCGCUUGCGGCUUGUUUAGCGCAUUCCGCUUUGCGAGUUCGUCGAGUGUGGGUGAAUAAUAUUGGUUAUAAAGUAUAGUUAUUUGUUCUAUUGUUAAGUUUGGGUUUUGUUACUUUUGUUUUCGUGUGUGACUUGUGUUACGGAGUUUUACAACAUUUGAUGCGACAUGGAGCCAGGUCCAUCGACAUCAAAACCGUUUAAAGACUUUACGUCACCACGUAAGAAGCGCAAGGUGUCACAUAUUUCAGAAAACGAAAAAAAUAUGAUUGUUAAUGUUUUCAAAUAUGUACAAGAAACAUGGCCUGUUGAUACAUAUAAAUCAAAAAUGGACAUGAAAAAGAAGACUGCGGAUAUUUUAGGCAUUGGAAAGACUACUGUCUACCGUGUUUUAAAUCAAUAUAAGGAAUGUAGCACAGUAAAAGCACCAGCCCCAUUAAAAAAGCGUCCUAAUUUGAUCGAAACGAUUGACGACUUCGACAAAUCGUGCAUUAGAAAAAAAGUUCACGACAUUUUUUUAAAGGGUGAGAUGCCAACAAUAAACAAAAUUUUACAGGCUGUCAAUGAAGACGACAUGUUGCCCAAUUUCAGCCGCACAUCGAUGUGGCGUAUGCUGAAACACUUAAAAUUUAAGUAUGUCACCAAAAAAAGAAACAGCGCCUUGAUUGAGAGGCCCGAUAUAGUUUUAUGGCGCUUAAAGUAUCUCAAAAUGAUUCGAAAAUAUAGAGAAGAAGGACGACCAAUUUAUUAUUUGGAUGAAACUUGGGUGAAUGCAGGUCAUACUGUGAGCAAAGCUUGGGAGGAUACGACGGUGAAAACGGCUAAACAAGCCUUUUUGGAAGGCUUAUCAACAGGAGCAAAAAAUCCGACAUCCAAAGGAAACCGCCUGAUUGUAGUCCACAUAGGAAACGAAAAGGGAUUCCUACCUGGUUGUCAGUGGGUGUUCGAGAAUAAGGCAACGGGAGAUUACCACGAGACGAUGAACGCCGAUGGUUUUGAAAACUGGUUCAAAAAUGUUCUUGAAAAGCUCGAACCAAAUUCUGUGAUCGUGAUGGACAAUGCAAGCUACCAUUCUAGGCGCCAAGAACGUGUUCCGGUCACCAGUUGGAAAAAGCAAGCCAUCCAAGAUUGGCUUUCUUCAAAAGAACUAAUAUUUGAAGUUAAGGAGACAAAAUCAGAGUUACUAGAAAAAGUUAAAAAUGUAAAGGAAAGAUACCAAUCCUACGUGACCGACGAAAUGGCUAAACAGUCUGGGAUUGAAGUUUUACGCUUACCACCCUACCACUGCGAGCUCAAUCCGAUUGAGCUAGUCUGGGCUGAUGUAAAAGGCCAUGUGGCAAGAAAUAAUACGACUUUUAAAAUGGCUGAUGUGAAAAGGUUGCUUGAAGAAGGACUUAAUAAUAUAAAUCAGUUAAAAUGGAAGAACUGUGUUGAACACAUAAAGAAAGAGGAACAAAAAUUAAAUAGACUGGACGACAGUAUUGAUAAAACUGUAGACAGUUUUAUUAUAAAUGUGACAGACUCGUGCACAUCCUCAUCAUCAGAAAACGAUUGGGAAACUGACACUGAUGAACGUGACAUCCCUGUUUAAUAUACUUAAUGUAUACUCAUACAAACCUGUUUUUUUUUCCGCCACUUUGGUGUCGUUUCACCUUAACAUAAUUGUUUAAUAAUUACUAAACCUCAUCGCUCAUUAAUGUGCCAGUUCGUAGUAAACUUGUAAAAAAUUCAAAAUUUAUGCCAAACAUAAAAAAUGUUGUUUAUUUCUGUGAUCCGCUCAAAGGUCAAUGAUCGUUUUUUCGCCUAGCUGAGAAAUACACUAUAGUAAUAAAAUUACCUUAGUCAAUUUU